GAGAGCCCACUCCAUAUUCCUCGCCCUCCGAAUCCGUGGAUCCUUUUUCGCUCGGACUUCAACCGGCGGCAGAUAAGGGAGUCAAAAACAAGGCAGGCUUUUGUAUCGCAGGAUGCUUCAAAGGAGUGGAGGAAAGCAUCGAAGGAAGAUUUAGCAUACUGGAGGCAAAAGGCGGACGAGGCUCUUGAUGCUCACAGAAAGCUAUAUCCGAACUACGUGUACAAGCCGCAGCGAGGCAAG